AUGUCCUGGUUUGGCGUUGGAAGUAACAACAAGCAGCCUACACCAAGCACACCAGAACCGUCAAAGGACGGUGGCUACAUAGCGCCAGAUCGGUCUGCAAGAGCGCAGUGUUGGGAGGGUCGCGAUACCUUCUUCAAAUGCUUGGACAAGCAUGGCAUCGUCGAUAGCGUGAAGGAGGACGAAAAGGCCAGGCAAGCGUGCGCGCCGGAGUUGGCAGAGUUUGAGAAGUGCUGCGCUUCAAGUUGGGUGACCUACUUCAAGAAGCGAAGAGUAAUGGAGCAUCAACGUGAGCUUACAUUAAAGAAGCUGAACGCGGAGCAUGCCACACCGCUGGAUGCUUCGACGGCAGGCGGAGCGGGCGCUGCUGCUUUACGAGGAAGAUGA